AUCUCACCGUCACAACCAAAUUCAAAGGCGAAGAAAAAAAAUACAAAAAAAAAAUUUCUAAAUUCAGCUCUUCUAAAUUCGCUUUCUGUAUAUAUUUAUCACAAAAUAGAAACCUCCCAAACGUUAAUGGAGAACUAACAAAGCCCCUCAGCUCCACUCUCUUCAGAACUGCUCCUGCUUUGCUCUUUCCAUAAUAAGGCUUGGAUCUUUCAUUUAAGUUAAAAAGAAUCAUGGCUUUAGGGAAAUAUAGUAGGAUAGAUAAUAGGAGAUCUUCAGCUAGUUACUGGCCAACUGUGACUGUUGUUUUGUUUGUGGCUCUUUGCUUGGUUGGAGUAUGGAUGAUGACAUCGUUGUCUGUGGCACCGGUUCAGAAUGUAGAUGAGCCGGCACAGGAGAAGAAAAGUGAGGUGAGGGAACAGGUGGUGGAAAGUAAUGAGAGUAAUACUCAGCAGUUUGAAGAUAACACAGGUGAUUUGCCUGAGGAUACUACAAAAGGAGAUGGUUCGGUUCAGAAUCGAAGUAAUGGUAAUUCACAAGAAAAUGAAGAGAAGUCUGUGGGGAACUCAACUGAGGAGAAUAAGUCAGAUGAUGGAUCGGAUAUAGAAAUGCAAAAUGAUGAGAUUAACAUGGAUGAUGGGGCUUCUAAGACUGAAGAAAAUUUAGAAUCUGGGAAGACGAAUGCUGGUGCUGGUGAAGGUAAUUCUGAGGAGAAUUCGAAUGAAAAUGAUAAGAAAACCGAUGAAAAUGAGACAAAGUCUGAGGAGAACUCUGACGAUACAAAGGAUGGGGGAAAAGUAGAUGGCCAGAUACAGGAGAAGGUGGACCAAAAUGAUGACAAGGAGUCAGGGAAAAGCUCUGAUGACAAAAAGGAAGAUGACCAAUUGAAAAACCAGAUUUUAAAUGAGGAAUUUCGUUCUGGGGCUCAGUUGGAGCUUUCAAAAGAAACUACUGCACAAAAUGGGUCCUGGUCAACUCAGGCAACAGAGUCAAAGAAUGAAAAGGAUGCUCAAUUAUCUUCUAAAUAUCAAAGUGGUUAUAAUUGGAAACUUUGCAAUGCCACUGCAGGGUUUGAUUUUAUCCCAUGCCUUGACAACAUUCAAGCAAUUAAGAGUCUUCGAUCCUCUAAGCAUUAUGAACACCGAGAGAGGCACUGUCCUGAAGAACCCCCCACUUGCCUUGUUCCUCUUCCUGAAGGAUAUAGACGUUCUAUUAAUUGGCCUACUAGCAGGGAAAAAAUAUGGUACUAUAAUGUUCCCCAUACCAAACUUGUGGUAGUUAAGGGGCACCAAAAUUGGGUGAAAGUUGAUGGAGAGUACCUCACUUUCCCAGGUGGUGGAACUCAGUUUAAGCAUGGUGCUCUCCAUUAUAUUGACUUCAUAAACAAGACUGUUCCUGACAUUGCCUGGGGAAAACGUUCUCGUGUCGUAUUAGAUGUUGGAUGUGGGGUGGCCAGCUUUGGAGGCUUUCUUUUUGAUAGAGAUGUUCUGACCAUGUCAUUUGCUCCUAAAGAUGAACAUGAAGCCCAAGUUCAGUUUGCACUUGAAAGGGGUAUCCCUGCUAUAUCGGCUGUGAUGGGAACAAAGAGACUGCCCUACCCUGGAAAAGUUUUUGAUAUAGUCCACUGUGCACGUUGCAGAGUCCCGUGGCAUAUAGAAGGUGGGAAACUUCUUUUGGAGCUCGAUCGUGUGUUGAGACCUGGUGGUUUCUUUGUGUGGUCUGCAACUCCUGUUUAUCAAAAGCUUGAUGAAGAUGUUAAGAUUUGGAAUGCUAUGUCUGAACUAACAAAAGCUAUGUGCUGGGAACUUGUGUCCAUCAGUAAGGAUACUGUCAAUGGAGUGGGUAUAGCAAUAUAUAAGAAGCCUACGACUAAUGAGUGCUAUGAGAAAAGAUCAAAACAAGAGCCUCCAAUGUGCCCCCAGUCUGAUGAUCCAAAUGCAGCAUGGAAUGUUCCACUGCAAGCUUGCAUGCAUAAGGUGCCAGUAGAAUCAUUAGAACGUGGGUCACAAUGGCCAGAGCUGUGGCCUGAAAGGUUAGAGAAACCGCCAUACUGGUUGUUGAGUUCCCAAGUUGGGGUCUAUGGAAAAUCUGCACCAGAAGAUUUCACUGCAGAUUAUGACCACUGGAAACGGGUAGUGUCCAGAUCUUACCUAAAUAGCCUUGGAAUAGAUUGGUCAUCUGUGAGGAAUGUCAUGGACAUGCGAUCUGUCUAUGGAGGAUUUGCCGCCGCACUAAAAGAUAUCAAUGUGUGGGUCCUAAAUGUUGUCUCAGUAGACUCUGCAGAUACACUCCCCAUUAUUUAUGAACGAGGGCUGUUCGGUAUAUAUCAUGAUUGGUGUGAAUCAUUUAGCACCUAUCCUAGAACAUAUGAUCUUCUUCAUGCUGACCAUCUUUUCUCCAAGGUUAAGAAGAGGUGUAAGUUAGUAGCUGUUGUUGCUGAGGUUGAUCGGAUCCUGAGGCCAGAAGGGAAGCUCAUUGUUCGUGAUAAUGUUGAGACUAUUAAUGAGUUGGAGAGUUUGGUUAAGUCCAUGCAAUGGGUGGUUCACAUGACCUACUCGAAAGACAAAGAGGGGUUACUCUGUGUCCAAAAGUCCUUGUGGCGAGCCAACCAGUGGGAAGAUAUUAAGUAUGCUCUUGCUUAAGCAUGCACUGCUCUCACAGCUCUUCAUUAAUGAGCCGAAAAGGUAUUUUUUGUUUUGUUUGCUAAUUGCAAUUUAUUGCUUCUUCUCCACGUUGGCUCGUGUAUCAUGUUAAGUAGGUUCAUAAGUGUCAAAUCUUGUAUUUAAAAAAUUUUUGUUUUCACAGGCAGUGUAUGAUGUUGAUCAUUUCAGUGUUCAGCUUUUAAUUUUUUUUUUUUUUUACAUUAUCAUUAUAACAAGAUUGGAACUCAUCAUAGACAGACUUAUAUUAUUUAUUGAUUGCGAACGAAUGAAUUAUUGGUAGUGGGCAUUUGUUUGUUUGAAA